UGGCCAUGGCUCCGGUUCUCGCUAAGGGCUUGUUGGCGAGCGAGGCCCUGGCACAUGGCAGGGUCAGGUUUAUGUCUGGCUAGAGAUCGACGAAGUUGCGCUUGCGGAUUUAAGGCUGCUGUUGACCACGCGACACUGCGCCAAUCUUUCUAGCGACAGCAUUUCGACGACAGUCCACGACCUCUUCCAACCACACCGUUCGAGUUCACCUGACGACGCCUCCAACACUUCAAUGUCGGCGCAUAGCCUCUCUCGUGGACUGGACAGCGCGCAUCUCGCGCAUCGUCACAAAGCACGGCGCAACAGGCACAAGCCAAUGAAGUCUUCGCGGAUAUCUUUCAGCGCAGCACUCUGGUGACACUGCAAGCAUAUAUAAAGACGAGCCGCGUACUUCCAGCACGACCAUGGAAACACAAGCGACCACCAGUCACGACAUUUGCGAAAGCCCACGAAGUAGGACUCGACGCGCAGCGUCAAUCCAUUCGAGCGGUCACAGAGACCCCACUUCGCCUGCCUUCGAGAUUGCCGUUUGCCAGGAACACAUACCACAACAAGGAAUUGAAAGACAAAGAGUCUCAAGCGAUGACAGUUCAUAAGGACACGGAGUUCAAACUUGCAGAAAAGACGGAAAAGCUAGUGUUAACACUCGAGCCUAAACUGUCAGCUAACGCAGAAACAACGCAGCAUGAUCGCCACGCCCUCUACCAUCUGGACAAAAUUCGGCGCGCCAUUACGCACUUCUACACGUAUCUGCACGGGUACAUUGACGGUACAGACGUCGAGACAAUUAUCGCCCCGUUUAGUCAGGAGAGCACGAGACACGAGCUCCAGACUGAUGUUAUGCACGAAUCCACGACAGCCCAGAAGCUCACAUGCGACGUAAUCUUUACGGCUACGUUUCGCUUGUUCUAUCUUCUCGGUGCAGACACAUGGGAGAAGACCACACUUGCCCAGAGGCGUCGCCUGUUUGAGCAGCUCUACAGAAAACUACCUACCAUACAUGACGGACGUAUUGCUCCAUAGCUCAGAAGCGCAUUCUGUCGAUUCUGGGACGAUCCACGCCAACAGUGACACCGAUGGAACCGCACGAAUUUAUCAGGAAUAUGGAGAGUACAAGUUUGUUCGACAGCCACGCUACUGAAGCUAUCCUUUCCCACCGCAUACGAAAGGUCUGGAACUUCCCGGGGCCAGUUUACAAGAUUCGGAAAAGCCUGCGCCAUGGCGGAGCUGUCCAAGCGAUGAGCCUUCCGAACAACGCUGUAAAAGUGCCGCUCGAGUCGCGGGCUCCCAUGUGAACAGCCAAAGUUAUGUUGGAUCGAAGUGCCUUUGCAAAAGACUGAUUGGAAUCGUGGCCGCUUCAAAUACUGG